CUUUUAAAAGAUUUGGGCAAAACUCUCUGUUUCAACGGAGAAAAAGGAAUCAUUUUUAAUGGACGCAUUGGGAGGUUACGGCGGCGCUGGUGGUUUCUGGGGAUGGAAUGGAUUCGAUCAACGGAGAAAAAAGAAACCUUCCGGCGAUAGAGGCAAAAAAAGGAAUUCUGGAUCUUCGGAUUCCGUCGACGUGAGCAGAGACGCCGGCGGUUAUCGGUUUCCUUUGAAGCAAGCUGUGACGGCCGGCGCACUCACUUUCACCGGUGACACGAUUGCUCAGCUAUCUGGGAGAUGGAAAAAGAGAGCCGCUCUGAAACAAUCAUCUUCUGAGCUUGACGAGGGGGAGUUGUGGAACAUUUUCUCAGAACAUGACUGGAUUCGUGCCUUGCGGAUGAGUUCUUACGGGUUUCUCUUAUAUGGCCCUGGCUCUUAUGCAUGGUAUCAAUUCCUUGACCAUUCUUUGCCUAAACCAACUGCCACAAAUCUAGUGCUUAAGGUUCUGCUUAACCAAGUGAUACUUGGUCCAUCUGUGAUUGCUGUUAUAUUUGCUUGGAACAACUUGUGGCUGGGAAAGCUCUCUGAGCUGGGAAACAAGUAUCAGAAAGAUGCUCUUCCAACACUUCUAUAUGGGUUUCGCUUCUGGGUCCCCGUUAGCAUACUUAACUUUUGGGUAGUUCCGCUUCAAGCUCGUGUAGCGUUCAUGUCCAUGGGGUCGGUGUUUUGGAACUUCUACUUAUCUUCAACUAUGAGCAAGUAGAUACAUAAUAUAUUUGUAUCCUUCAGUUCAGCCUCACAGAGUGAUAAUAUAUCAUUCUGAAAGUUUUCAAUACCAACCAAAGCCGACGCGGAACCUCAUCAAGAUGCAGUUUAAAAUCUCUGUCAAACUCUCUUAGGUUUCUACGGUUUUUAAGAGAAAGAUAGGUUUCAGAUUGUUAAAUGUAUUUCUGUUUAAAAAGUUUUUUGUUGUUGUUAUACCUCUAUGGCAUCUUACAAUGAAGAUUUUGAUGUUAUAACUGGUUUACAAACACCUGCGGUAAUUUAAACAAAAAAAAUAUAUAUAUAUAUAUGUCGCAAAUAUA